AUGGAAAAUAACACAGCUUUAAGACAAGAUCAAAGAACUAUAUUAAGAGAGAAAUUUUUGAGAAUGUUGGGUGGAUUAAGCGGAGUAGAGGCCAAGUUAGUUUUAUACGAAAAAGCCACUGUUACUGGAAAAAUUGGUCCAACUGAUGUUGAUUUUCAUCAUAUUCAAAUAUCCAAUCUUCAAACACCAAUGGGAGUUAUUCCUGAUGCCAUUUUAAGAACUUCUGAUAUGAUUUCUAUCAAAAUUGACAAUAUAUCGGAAUGA